AUGUCUUCAAUAUUAGAAUCUUCAAAAGGGAUUAUUAAAGAAGCAAGGUAUUAAAUAAUUUUAGAAAUUAGAGAAUUUGCAUAUUUAGGAAAAUAUCCAGAGGCAAUCAUGAAAUUCAAAUCCUAAAUUGAAACAUUAAAUCAAUAAUUGGGAAAAAAUUAAGGAGAUUAGUUACUAUUUCAAGAAUGGAGUAAACUAGUGAAUGACAUAAAAGAAGAAUUAGAUUUAACUCAAACAUUAUUUGACUUUACAAAAGGCAAUUCUAAUAGUAAUUUUUGAAAUAAUAAGAUAGAUUAGCAAUAACCAUCUCCUUAAAAACCUAAAGUUGUUUAAGAGUGUCCUGAAUUUCAUGAUGAUAAUCGAUAGCCUCGAUUGCCAUUUAAUUAAAUACCAUUUUAGCAUCAUCAUCGAGAAAAUACUUCUCCAUCUUAAAAAGCCAAUUAAUUUUAAGUAUCACCUCCAAAAUAGAAAGCAUAAGAUCCAGAUGAAAUUUUCUUUGGUGGUUUAAGAGGAGGUAAUGAUGGUAAGAGAGCUAACAAUAAUAAUAAUAAUAACAAUAACAAUAAUAAUGGCAAUAACUUAAAUAAUAAUCCAAGCAAUUACUUUAAUAAUAAUAACAAUAAUAAUAACUAUAAUAAGCGUCCUGCCAAUAAUCCUCCUCCAAAAGAUCCUGAUGUAUGGGAUCCCCCUUCUAAAAAGACAGAUAAACCAAAAUAAUCUCAAAAAGAUGCUAGAGCAAAUAAUAUUUUUAAACCUUAGUCAUAACCUUAGCCUUAGAAUAAAGGUAAUUAAAGAAGAGAAUACGAUAAGCCAUGGAAAAAUAAUGCUGUUGGUGAAAAGAAGCCUAUUGAAGGUUAAAGAAAAACAUUUCAUGAUCAUGUUUAUCCAGAUGGAAGAGGUCCAGAUAGUGAUUUAAUUUAAAUGAUUGAAAGAGAGGUUUUAGAUCUAACACCAAAUGUUUCAUUUGAAUAAAUAGCAGAAUUAGAAUUAGCUAAGGAUACAUUAUAAGAAGCUGUGUUACUUCCAAUAUUUAUGCCUCAAAUAUUUACUGGAAUUAGAAGACCUUGUAAAGGAGUAUUAUUAUUUGGUCCUCCAGGAACAGGAAAAACAAUGCUUGCCAAAGCUGUUGCUACAACUGGUAAAACAACAUUCUUUAAUGUUUCUGCCUGCACUUUAGCGAGCAAAUGGAAAGGAGAAUCUGAAAAAUUAGUUAGAUUAUUGUUUGAAAUGGCUAAAUUUUAUGCACCUAGUACAAUUUUUUUUGAUGAAAUUGAUGCUUUAGGUUCUAAAAGAGGAGAUAAUGAUGGUGAUUCAGCUAGAAAGUAAAAUAAAUUUAUAAUUAUAGAGUUAAAACUUAAAUGUUAAUAGAAAUGGAUGGAGUAUCUUGUGCUACUACUGGAGAAGAAAGAAAAACUGUAAUGUGUUUGGCAGCUACUAAUCGUCCAUGGGAUUUAGAUGAAGCUCUUAUUAGAAGACUUGAAAGAAGAAUAUGUAAAAUAAUAAAAUUAUAGUAGAUAUUCCUUUGCCUAGUGUUUCAGGUAGAAAAGUACUUUUCGACAUAAACUUAAACUCGUUAAAAUUAUCACCAAAUAUCAAUUGGGAUUAAUUAGUUAUAAAAAGUGAAGGUUAUUCAGGAGCAGAUAUUGCAAAUGUUUGUAGGGAGGCAUCAAUGUUGCCUAUGAGAAGAAAAUUAAAGGAAGAAGGAGGAUUUUAAAAAUUAUAGUAAAAAUAUGAAGACAUAUCAAGUAUUAAAAUAUAAUUAAUUUUUUAGAUGUUGUUGAUGUACCUUUAGAAUAAAAAGAUUUUGAUGAAGCAUUAAAGAUAGUUAAUAAAUCUGUUUCAUCAGAAUAUCUAAAAGAAUAUGAUAAUUGGAUGAAAGACUUUGGUGCUGGUUGA